AUGCCAGCGCUCCAAUACCUUGAGCAAAUAGAAGAGAAUAGUGUCGCAUACAGAGCAGGUCUACGUCCAGGCGAUUAUAUUUUAGAGGUUAACGGGACUAAUGUUGCAACUAUGUCUCAUGAGGGUGUUGUUGAUCUGAUUCGACAAUCUGGUGACAUGCUUGCCAUGAAAGUCCUCACGGUAGAACGCCAGAUCUUAUCGAAAGAGAAGAACAAAAAUCUGGAGUUUGGAAGUAAGUGA